AUGGUCAAGCCCCUGUCUUUCAAGGGCGACAAGAAGCCCAAGAAGAGAAAGCGCGCGGAAGCCGAGGCCCAGGACCGCGACGCGCAGGGCGGGGAGGUUGCCCGAACCGGCGGAGCUUCCGCCUCGACGACGAACGCGGACGAUGACGACGAUAGCUGGGUGUCUGCCGAUGCCGUGACGGAUGUUGUCGGACCCGUCAUGUUCGUCUUGCCGACGGAGCCCCCUACUGCUUUGGCGUGCGAUGCCGUAGGCAAGAUAUUUACGCUUGGGAUCGAGAAUAUCGUCGAUGGCAACCCGUCUACGGCUGAGCCGCACGACGUGCGGCAGGUGUGGGUUGCGAACAGGAUCACAGGGACGGAGCAGUUCAGGUUCAAGGGCCAUCACGGACAAUAUCUGGGAUGCGACAAGAACGGCGUGCUGUCAGCGACAUCGGCGGCCGUCUCACCAUUAGAGUCUUUCAACAUCAUUGCAACGGCGGAUACCCCUGGCACAUUCCAAGUCCAGACAUUACGCGAUACCUUCCUCUCCGUCAAGCCGCCGAAACCCAAUGUUACCACCUCGGACGUCAGAGGCGACGAAGAGUCCAUCACAUUCAACACCACGUGGCGUAUCAGGAUGCAAGCGAGAUUCAAGCCGCGGCUCAAAGCGAACAAGGAAGAAAAGGCAAAGGAAAAGAUUAGUCGCAAGGAGCUUGAACAAGCGGUUGGGCGCAGACUCGAGGACGACGAAGUCAGGAAGUUGAAGAGGGCGAGAAGGGAGGGCGAUUACCAUGAGCAGUUAUUAAUGUUGAAGGUCAAGGGAAAGCACGACAAGUAUGGCUAA